AUGUCUAAGGGGGUGAGCAAAGAGCUGGUUCAGAAGAGGCACAGCUUGUUGACUAGCGGGGACCGCAUGCUGCAACCCCAGGACUGCACUGCUGUUCUUAGGGUGGCAAAAGCUGACUUUUUAGCCAUCAUGAACAAGCUGGCUAAGAACUCUUCUGCUAUUCUGCAGUCGCCAGAAUGCGUUUUUGUAGUUUAUUACCUGGAGGGUGUGAUCAUUUUAAAACACCUCCAACGACCAGGCGUGGUGAGCCACAUGACUGUCGUUGAGUGGCUCUCCAAGAGGGAACUGGAUGGAUUUUUUGUCAUUGGGAUAAAGGAGCACAAAACUGCAGCUACACAGGUGGCCUCAAUCGGCCUGAGCCAGGAGGAGGUUCAUUGGUUUGAUUUCUACUACAAACUGGUGCGGCCACAGCUCCUCAUGGCGAGCAGGAAACGCAAAAGGGAUGAUGUUGAAGCAGACGACAAGUUUUUUGUUUCCUCAACAGGAAAGAUGAUUAAUAAUCCAACGAACGAUCUGACUCGUCUGCACGCAAAAUACAACCUCCCAAAUGUGAGCAGUCAGAUGGCACGUCGAGCCUGUGAGAUGGCAGCUAAGAGCAUGACAGAAAUGCUGUACCUUCAGGGCAAGAUGCCGGCCUCGAGGAUCCUGAGGAGGGUCCUAGUCGUGCACAUGCUGACGCUGUCACACCUGAAGCACCUGUCACACCUGUCAAGGAGGCAGUGA